GCUCUUGCGCCAGGUGGCACGACGCACGUACGGGUCGCACAAACCGUAGUACCGCUGCAUAUCGCACUUUGCAAGUGUUUGAGGACGACCAUACCCAGAUGUAAAUCUAUCAACGCGGCAUUUCGAUUUCUGGUGAUCGAAAUUGAGCUGAUGAGCCCUGCUGUUUCUUUCUCACACCGUGGCGUGACCAAUGAUCGAACCACCGUAUCGUAAGACACCACACCACUUGAACAUGCGGCAAUGUCCCCACGCAACAUGGAUAUCUCGUCCAAAGAAGAUAGUGUGUAUUAUAAAGAUACUGAGCUUGACUGGCCGAAAAGACUGCAUACAAUUCUAUCGACGCCGUUUCCAUUCUCACAAACGUGCAACAACUUUAUACAACGAAACGCGGAGCGAUUAUACCAAGCUCCCACUUGCAUCAACGCCAAUUACCCAAUAUGGCUCCCUUAGAGCGCCGACCAAUGCAGCACAUUGACCGCCGGGACUUGUACACCAAUCUGGAAACGCGAGUGCAAUAUUUGCAAUCAUUCCUCGACUUCAGCUCACGCGACAUUGAGAACCUUACAACUGGAGCCAAAUACAUUAGAGCACUCAUACCGGCUGUAGUCAACAUUGUCUACAAGAAGCUGUUGCAAUAUGACAUUACCGCACGAGCAUUUGAGACACGAUCGACAUCAUAUGAGGGACCUGUCGACCUCAAUCUCAGUGAAAACUCGCCUCAGAUUAUGCACCGCAAACUAUUCCUCCGAGGGUAUCUCAACAAGUUGUGCAGCGAUCCUUCGAAGAUGGAGUUUUGGGAGUACCUUGACAAGGUCGGUAUGAUGCACGUAGGACAAGGACGCGCCCAUCCAUUGCACGUGGAAUAUGUGCACAUCGGUGCCACACUAUCGUUUGUUCAAGAUAUCUUGACUGAGGCCAUCCUAUCACAUCCCAAGAUGAGGAUGGAACGCAAAAUUGGGCUGGUCAAGGCACUUUCCAAGGUCAUCUGGAUCCAGAACGACCUGUUCGCAAAAUGGUACGUCCGCGAUGGCGAUGAGUUCACCCACGAUGCGCUUGUUCCAGAGAUCGAGCCAGAAGGGUACCUGCACGGAAAGAAGAUUUUGCACGACGGAAGUGAGAGCGAGAGCGAAAUUGAAGAUGCGGCCAUGGCAGCUGGAUCAUGUCCGUUCAAAGAUCUGGCAACAUCACCACGCGGCAGCGGCUCUUUGCGGCAGAGCAUGGCAAGGGCGAGCUUGGACGAGUCCCCACAGAAAGAUGGCGCUGGUUCGCCGGAAGCCGAAAACAUCCGACCUGCUCCAGCAUCACCAAACGGGGGGAUAUGUCCUAUGAGUGGGAUACCGCAAGCGGUGAGCGACGCAUAGGCGUCCGGUGAACGGCAUUUGCUCAAUGAAGAGUGGAGAAUGCAGAUGGCAUAAUUAUCUGUUUCUAGGCCAGGCUUUCUGGGGGAGCAUGUAAACCUUUUCCGUUCCUCACGCAUUUGCCAGGAUCCUGGUCUUCAAGGUGCUCAUCGUCAUGAUCGCCCGCGAUCGCGGCCGUGCAA